AUGCCACAUAUCAGUGCCCACCUGAGCUGCCCUUCAGUGCUGCCUAACUGUGCCAGUCAGUGCCAUAUAUCAGUGCUGCCUUUCAGUGCCCAUCAGUGAUGCCUGUCAAUGCCCAUCAGUGCCACCUAUCAGUGUCCAUCAGUGCAUCUUAUCAGUGCCCAUCACUACAGCCUCAUUAGCGUACAUCACAGUGGUGCCCAUCAGUGCUGUUUAUCGGUGCCCAUCAGUGCAGCAGCAUUAUCGGUGCCUCCUCGUCAAUUCCCACCAGUGCAGCCUAUCAGUGUAGCCUCAUCAACACAGAUCAGUGUACGUGAAAAUUUACCUGUUUUGCAAAAUUUUAUAAUAUGAACAAAGAAAAAAGUAUUUUUUUUUCCAAUUUGUUUUUUUUUUUGUUU